CGCCGGCCCUUGGGGGGAGGAGCCGGGAGCUGCGAUCCGACCCGACUGGGUCCGGCCCAGGCUCGGCGCCUUGUCCCUAGUUUCGUUUUCGCUCCGAGGCCCCGGGGGUGGGGGUGGGGAUGGGCUGGGGGCGGCUUCGGCCUCCGGCGUGCCGCUGUGGGCCCAGCCCGGCCGAGGUGCCUCCUGGCCCGCGCUCAUCCCCCCCCCCCCCUCCCGUGCCCGUCCCUCCGUCCGGCCCGCCGGGCGCCCUCUCCGCGGCCUGCCGCGCCGGGCGUGCUUUUCCCGCCUCCGCCCGCCGCUCCCUGCAGCACGGCCCGGCCCUGCGAAAAACCCGAGGCGUCCGGGUCCCAUCGGCUUCCCCACGCCGGGGCAGCCCGCUCCCGUCUCGGCCCGGCCGGGUUUCGAGUGGGAUGGGUCGAUCAACGAACGGUGAGGUGGAGAAAACCCAAGCCAUCAGCAUGUUGAACUAGAGACAGCAGGGACUUAUUUCACACCUAUAUUGUAUUUGAAGCAGAGCCAGGAAAAUUGGCAAGUUCUUAAAACUUGAUUAAGUGGUCUGUGGGUGUUCAUUCUGUUUUUAAACCAAACUUCUAAAAACUGUAUAUGAAUUGAGAGCUGAGGGGCUUUUAGGAUCUUGUGAUUUGUUGAUCUGCUCACCAGGACACAACAGCUGCUUUUGUUAAUGAGCAUUCUACCUUCAAUAAAGUCAAGCCUUUAUUAACCUGAGUGUACAUGAAGUUCCUUAAAAUCUAUGCUUCCAUGUACAUUUUCUACAGUUUUACAGAAUUAUUACUGAAAAUUUAGGUCAGAUACAUCACCAAAGGCAUAAAGUAUUAUUUUGGAUAGAGGUUAUUAGCAGCAUGUGUACAAAUUAGUUUAGAUAAAUCAUGCAUUGUCCUACAAACUAGUUAUUUCUGGCUUAAUGUAAUAUAGC